GAAUUACAGACAUCAAGAGAGAGGUUAUGGAGGAAGUGCACGGUACAACUCGGGGAUCUUGCUGUUUUGCACCAAGCAGGCCUGCGGAACAAAGCACAUCCAGCACACCAGCCUCCGCCGCAAUCAGUCAUGUGCUGAGGUUUGGGGCUGCCGCUCUCCUCCUGGGUGCAGUUUUCGUGUUGUGUGCAUCUGUGGCUGCUCUCUACCUGUGGAAAGGCAGUGAUAGAAAUGUUUAUAAUGUUCGUUACAGCUUGAACAUCAAUGGGGAGGUGAAGGAGGGCUCCAUGGAAAUUGAUUCUGACAACAAUCUGGAGAGAUUUAAAACUGGGAUAGGAGCUGCGGAGGCAGUGGAGGUUCAUGACUUUCAAAUCGGAAUAACGGGAAUACGCUUCUUUGGAGGUGACAAGUGCUACAUAAAAUCCCAAAUUAAGGCAAACCUUCAACUCCUGGGAGCUCACAAAAAGGAGGCUCUGAUGUUUGACCUGAGAGAUGAAAAGAUGCCUGUGAAGUAUGACGAGGGCUUUCUCGUAUGGGUUGCUGCAGAACGGCCACUGGUGGAAACAACAUUUUUAAGCCAAACAAUUCUGGAUCUUUGUGGAGAGCUUCCCAUUUUCUGGCUCCAACCAAUGUAUCCUAAAGAUGGGGAGAGGAGAAAGAGAGACAUUCAACGAGCCAAGCGGCAGUUAAACAUGGAGCAGGAAGUGGCAGAAGAGAGGGAGUCGGUGAAUCACACGGACCACGGCACCUCCAGAGCGGAGGACGAAGAGGAGUCAGCUGCAGGGUCAGCAUACAACCCCGAAAACCCUUAUCAUCAGCGCAGCGGAGAGACCAGAGAGGAGAGUGCCAUGACCUUUGACACCAUGUUGGAUCACCAGGGAAUCUGCUGCUCGGAAUGCCAACGCAGCUACACUCACUGUCAAAGAGUGUGUGAGCCUCUGCGUGGCUACUGGCCUUGGCCCUACAACUACAGAGGGUGCCAGGUAGCUUGUCGAGUCAUUAUGCCGUGUCGCUGGUGGGUGGCACGUAUUUUGGGUCUUGUGUAGCACAACAAAUUCAACAUUUGAAAGGGGGACAUGUCAUGUUUUUUUUUUAUAUCACCCUGCACAGGUCUCUUAUCUUUUAGUUAAAUUCUGAUGUGCAUGCAGAUGUGAAUUUUUGGAGUUUCACGGUGAAUACUGCCAAAGAGCUAGGCUUAAUAUUGUGAUAUGCAGAUUGUUAAGUGCGAUAAUAAGUGUUAUGAUGAUGAUACACUCUGAUAUUCAUGAGCAUAAUUUACUUCUCCGCUUUCUGGUACUGGACCAGAGCGUAAAAGAGAUUUUUGUUACAAUGAUAGUUAGGCUUAAUACACUGCACUGCGUUCAGUGAGGGGCGUGGGACUGAAUCCAAAGUCUAAGCCGAUCAUGUACCUUCUAUGACCUCGUAGGCUUCAAUAAAUUCUAAUUACAGUAUGUCAGCUUUGAUGUUGAUGUUUUUUUACAUGUCGCAUGUUGUUGCCGUGUUUCCACUUGGUGUUCUUUUCUUUGAUGAAG